AUGCAAGGUCAAUGGAGCUAUAUGCCUAUGGUGUUUCGUACGCUCAUCCUGUCCCCCAGCUCCUCAUCCAAUCCACUCGUCUCCCACGGACGCCACUUUGGUCGAACGGUGUUCGCGCUCUGCAACUACCCUUCCUUGCUCACCAAUGGUAUAUUAAGACUGGAGCAAAUGGAAGACACUCUGUUGGAAGACUUCUCUGCAGAAGAGCGGCGAGAACAUCACGUCUUUGAGCAACUCUUAGAUUCCUACCCCGGCCUUCUGGACCGAUUGAAGGAUGGAUCCGAUGAGGACAUCCUUCACGUUGGGGAGCUGAUUGGCAAGGGAGCCGCAGGUGCCAGAGGUGACGACACAAAAACGUUGAAGUCUGCAGUGCUUGAUUGGAUUUCCCCGAAAGGAGAAGCGAUACAGCCUCCUUUACACAGAAAUUCCAAAAUUGACCGCAGAUUCAACCAUAAGCUCACUGGAUCUCUCCUCUGUCCCGCUGGGCUGGAUUGGAACAAUCCUCGGAUUAAAGAGGAUCUUCGCAGUGGUGAAAUGUUAGUCUGUGGGGAUCAAUGGCUCAUCUUCUUGUACGCCCACUAUGUUUAUGAUCAUGAUGACCCAUGGUCCGGUCUUCUUAGGAGCCACCUUUCAGUCGACAGAGAGCCCAAAGCCAUGCGAUCCGGUAAUGCUCGCCUCCACGGCAUGAACUCUGUCACCAUGGCCUCCAUAGCCUAUAUCGCAACUCAGGUGCGAUUCGCCUUAAGCUCAUCUUCAGUGUUCUCGCGAACCGACACGACCACAGACUCUGAGACAUUCUACCAUAGCCUCCUUGAUCUCUUAGAAGACCCUGAGGAAUCUAAGGAAGUUGACGAGCUGCUGACUUGGUGGAAUCGAGACCCAUCAGCAGCCAACAGUGCCUUAUUCAAGAUACGACAAAAAUGA